UUCCUUAGUGAGUUGUGACUUGUGAGGCAGGUCACUUGCAUUCUUUUCUUGGCUUUGAAACACAAAACACAAAACGCUUCUCUCUAAUUUUAUCAAACACUUUUGCAGCUGCAAAUUAAUUAUGAUCACAGAAAAGAAAGCAAAUGCCAUGGGAGGUAACACAGCUAGAGCUUGUGAUAGCUGUCUGAUUAAACGGGCUCGAUGGUUUUGUGCUGCUGAUGAUGCUUUUCUUUGCCAAAGAUGUGAUGGCUCAGUGCACUCAGCAAACCAGUUAGCAAGCAGACAUGAGAGGGUUAAGCUCCAAGCUGCAUCUUCCAAACCCAAUCAGUCGACUCUACUGGCCGCGGACCAAUCUCCACCGGCUUGGCACAAGGGGUUCACACGCAAGGCACGAACUCCACGCCACAAUAAUAAGCCUCCAUUCAUGGCCAAAGAUGAUAAAGAGAAAGUAAGUUUAAACCCUCCUCUUCCUUUCGUGCCGGAGAUUGGAUGCGAAGAAGCUAAUUACAUGGAUGAUGAUGGGGAGAAUGAAGAUCUAGAGCAGCUUCUGUAUAGGGUCCCAAUCUAUGACCCUUUUGCAGCUGAGCUUUGCAACAUGUCAAGUCAUGAAGUUGGGAAUAUCACCAGUGCCAUUAAUCUUGAUGAUGAGGUAACUGAGAUGGGAAGGGGAAACCAUCAUGAAGUUGGAGAUGAUGAGGAGGAGAACAAUAAUAAUAAUUAUGGAGGAAAUGAUUUGGAUAAUUUGCCAGGCUUUCUACCAUCAGAUAUGGAGCUCGCUGAGUUUGCUGCAGAUGUUGAGAACCUGAUUGGUGGAGGACUUGAUGAUGAAGAUUCUGGUGACAUCAAAGGAGUAUUGGGACUAUUAGAUGAUAGCAAAUUAGAAGGAGAUGGGGGUGUGGAUGUUUGCAUGAAGAAUGUUGACAUAAAUGAAGACAGGAAAGCAGUGAAGGUUGAAGAGGAAGCUGAAGGAAUGGAAUUCAAUCCAUCAAUGCUGGAUUGGAACUCGGAUUAUGAACUUAGAUUAUCAUCAUCACCAUUGCCAAUGGGUGGUGAGGAGGAGGAGAAGGUGGUCUUCCUCAUGGGAGCUCAGAGUAGUGAUGAGGUGGCACUAAUGGAUAACAAGCAGAUGAUGAUGAAGAGGAAGAUAUGUUUGAGGCUUGAUUACGAGGCAAUCAUCACUGCCUGGGCAAACCAAGGCUCUCCAUGGACGACUGGAACUCGACCGGAGCUUAACCCAGACGAUGGCUGGCUAGACUGCAUGGGUAUGUGGGGGAGUGAUCAAAUUCAUCAGUCACAUGGACAUGGAGAGAGUGCAGGAUGUGUAGGUGGAAGAGGCGAUGACCGAGGAAGAGAAGCAAGGGUUUCAAGGUACAGAGAGAAGCGAAGGACACGACUGUUUUCAAAGAAAAUAAGAUACGAAGUAAGGAAGCUGAACGCAGAGAAGAGGCCUAGGAUGAAAGGUCGAUUUGUUAAGAGGACAAGCGGCUCCAACUUUGUGGGGAGUAGUUCUAGUAAUAGUAGUAAGACUGCAGCAGCUGCAUUUCCCUACCUCAUCCAUCAAUAGCAGCAGCAGCAGCAGCAUAUAAUAAUUAUAAAUUUUCCUGAGCUAGCACCCAAUUUUGCUUGUCAUGUUUAAUUAAUUUCAUGGCAAAAUUGGAGGAGGACUAACAUUUGAUGUAUGCAAUGGGAGGGUAGGCCUGCACUUAUACAAUAAAUGAAGUAAGUUGUAAGUUGGUAGCUUACACUCUAAGUAACACAUCCAUUGGAAUUUCCAAGCUUCACUGAACAAAGUCAGAAGCUCCUUCCCAUAUACUUGGAAUUAAAAACCAUGUAUUAAUUUGCUUGAAUUAUUUUAUUUUAUAUAUAUG